UCUAUUAAAUACUGCUGUUUAUUUAAUGUCGUCAACACUUCAAAUAGCCACAUUUGCAGUAAAUUAUCGGGGGAAGCCUUUUAUGGAAAGUUUAACAGAAAAUCGUCCAAUGUUCUACUCAAUAAUUUGUUCCUUCCUAGUCAUGGUUGCUUUUGCAUCAAAUAUUGCCCCAGAAAUGAAUAAUAAAUUUGAACUUGUUCAUAUACCUGAACUUCUUCGAAAUAAUUUGGUUAUUUGCAUAAUAGGAGAUCUUUUUUGUUGUUUUCUGAUCGAUCGUUUUCUAAACUAUUUCUUGGGUGAUGCAAGAAUUAAAUAA